CUCCGAUUCACCGCACCCGCCAACCCCGCAUCUCUCAACACCUCCCACCGCGGUGCCGCUGUCGCCCCACAACAAUCACCAUGUACGGCAUGAAUCAAGCCUACAACAUGGCCGACCCGAGUGCGCAGGUGCCCAAUAAUCUGCUUCCGCACGUCCACUUGGUGUCAAACUACAGGUAUCCGACUAUGCCAUCGCUUCUUCCCGCGCAUGCGCUCGAGUACCUCAGCAAGGGUCCUUCGAUCGUGAAAGACGCCGCCGCCGUCGCCUGGACCUACUUCCCGUCCCCGCCUCCAGAUGGCACUGUGCUGUUGACAUGGCAGUCACCGCGCAUGGGAACCCACUUUGCCUCCGACGGCAUGGUAUGGGCGGACCCGGAAGUAGCAUUCGAAAUGAAUAUGAAAGGCUAUCAACUCCAAGUCCUCGUCCACAAGAGCGGGUACCAGUACCCACACGAACCAAUCGCAACCCACGCGCGCUACCGGUAUCGCAUCACCGGCGGGCCCGGCGUAUACGACCCCAAUCUGUGGAUUAUACACUAUACCAUGGCCGAGCCGAGUGUGAGGAUACCCGCAAGUCAAAUUCCGAUAUCGAGGGAAGCGCAGGCUCAGAUGGCCAUGCGUACUCAGCUUCAAGCCGCUGGUCCGUUGAUGCGCAAGGAGUUCAUGCUCCACGACAGCGCAAACUGGCCCAAGGUGGAAUUCGGACAAGGUGCAGCUAGGGGUCCGUCGCCCUAUGUCAACCCAAUGCAGCCGGGCCGACCUUACACUGGGCAACCACCGCCUCCUAAACGGCAGCGCCUGCCAACCCAGCAGCCAUCACGUCAGCCUAUUCCCGGUACUAUGCACGCUGAUUCGUCUCUCGAAGAGGAGGAAAAUGCGACGCAGGACUCCUUCGACUUCAUGACGCCCCGCGAGAUCAGCCUGUCACGGUACAAGCAACAUCAUGAAUGGAUGGAGGAAAUAUUUGCGUCUCCGCAUGAAAUCCAGAAGAUAAAGCCGAUCGAUCUGGGACUAGGUUUGAUGGGUGAAUUGGCGCCCCUCACGGCCGACAUUCUUGACGCCCCUUCGGGAACUGCCCCAAUAGACACCAAUGGGGAAGCCAACAAAAAUUACAAGGUCAAAGACUAUUCCAAGCUGCAACCCGAGCAACUCAAGGAGUUUGAGACGCGGGUCUCGGCAUAUAUGGCAAAAGAGCAGGCUGAGAUAGACAGAAUGAUGGCCGCCCAUGCCAAGAAGAUGGCUGAUUUGAAGAAAUCACGGACAUAUAUCAAAGCGGAGCGCCGUUUGCGAGAUCUGCCACGCCCAGCGCACGUUUCGGAUGCUGAUGAGGGCACGGAACCGUUAGAUGCAGUUGUGCGCGAUCUGGAGAAGUCACUCGGCGUAGAGUUCGACACAAAGAAGCUCGUGGUUUGUGUUGACAAGGGAGGCUUCAUCGAAGCCCAGCAGCCUCAGCCUCAACAACCCCAGGUCAAUGGCAACGGGACGGCACGGUCCGACACGAAUAGCGGAUCCAACGGGUUAGGUCAAGACGCCAUGGAGGGCGACAAUACUGCAGCAAGCCUUCUGGACCAAUUUGGCUCAGGUUCUCUAACAGGAACACCUGGAGCGAAUCUAUCCGUCCCUCAGAUGUCACAGCCCCCAAGCCAGUCGCAGUCAAUGGUAGCUACCCCUAGCGCCCCAAUGGGUGAUGCAGCCCAGCCUUCUUCUUUUGAAGAACAGGCCGCCAACCUCGAUCCAACGGAUGCCGGAGCCGAUCUUCUUGAUCUGGAUGUGGAAAUGUCAGGCAUGACCAACGCGGACGGAAAAGGCGGUGACGCGGACUGGGUAGUAGUCGACAAUCAGGGUUCUCCCAGUGCACAGCAAGCCGGCGCCACCAACGCACAUCCUACAAGCAGCGCUGGCGCGCUGGCGGGCAUUAUACCAACGUCGGGCGCGGAUGCUGAGCCGAGUGGUAUAUUUGACACUGCAGAUUUCAGUUUCGAUAACCUGGACACGGCCGGGGAUGCGCUGGCGGACUACACCAACGUUGGCGACGACAGCAUAGGGCUUGAUCUCAUGGACGACUCAGCAUUCGGCGACGCUUUCCACGGCACGGAAACGCAUCAUGGGGAGACAGGGGAUGGCGAUAACGCUUAGACUCAUUCUCUCUUUCUUUUCGUUCAAUUGCUAUGAAUUCGGAUUUUGGAGUUUUGUGAUCUCUGGUGGACUAGGACCAGCUUGCUAUUACGCAAAGGCGUCUUGGACAGACCAGUAGCUGUCGGACGGCUAUCUAGGUAAUUGUACGAUCAUGUUUCCUCACCCUUCUAUUCAUAAGGGGAUUCUUCGGCUUCCGAGUUUGUGAUCGUGUCGCCGGGAUACCUUCAUAGCUAUAGCAAUAGUACAGCAACCUUG